AUGGAGCCCAAGGGGCAACGCACCAGGGCAGGGGUUUUGUUCUGGACCCCCGCUCCUCAACGCCCCUCUCCCUCCAGAUCCAUAGACUGGGGGGAAGAGGAAGAGGAGGAUGAGGAAGGUUGGGACAGGAAAACAGAAGAGGAGGAGGGCUUCCACACCCAGAUGGAUGAGAAUGGGAUCAUAGGACUGGAUGAGGCCUUGGAUGAUGUGGGUCUGGGAGGAGAGGAGGAGGAGGAGGGAGAGGGGGGUGGAGAGGAGAAUCCACCCUGGUACUCUGGAGCCUUGGAGGGGUCCCUGUCCCCCAGUAGGGCAGGUGGGAUGGGGCUAGAGCUGGGGCUGGAGCACGUAGACCCUCUGGAGGAGCUGAGUUAUAACCUGAGUGAGCUGCAGGACUCUGAGCCUCUGUCCCAGUCUGAGCCACCUGGAGAGGACACGCACACCCUUUCACUCUGUGAGUCACACAUACAGUACUAACAAUGUCAUAACAAUGUUAUUACUAAAAUGGCCCAUAGGGCUCUGGUCAAAAGUAAUGCACUAUGUAGGGAAUAGGGUGUCAUUUGGGACACAGACAAUGUAAUAACUUCUUUAGCAAAAUAUCACAUUUCAACCAAGCCAAAAGCAUCAAAGGCCUAUGCCGCCUAAGGUCUGCAAGCAGGGGUUACAAUUGCAAGGGAAAAGUGCUAUAUGUAUCUUGAUAUCCCAUGAAAUGACCUAGGUGAGUUUAUGAACACAAUUACAGCUGAAAUGGAUGCAUCUGAACUGACUCCUCUCCCAGACCCUUCUCUUUCUCCCUCUCUUUCUCUGCUAGAUGACGAUGUCCAGGAGUCCAAGGACAGUGUGGAGAUCUGGAGUGAGGAUGAGGAGCAGCAGCAGAAGGAUGAAGAGGAGCAGAGCUGGGUGGUCCACAGGCAGCGGAGGGAGUAUCUCCCAGAGAGAGACAGACAGCUGGACAUGACGGAGGACGAGAGGGAGGUAGAGGAGGAUGGAGAGGAGGAGGAGGAGGAGGAGGAGGACAGCGUGCCACACGCAGACACUGACAUGAUGGUAUAUCCUGUCAUAGCUGGGGCUGGGCCUGGCUGGGGUCAGGGCCUUAGUGUCAGAGGAGAAGAGCGGGUGAAGGAGGAGAGAGAGGUCAGUGCCAUAGGCAGUUACAGUGCCGACCUACAAAUAGAAGAGACUAGUGAACUCUCAGAGAGUGACAACAGAGGGGGGGAACGGUUUGUAGAGAGUGUGUCUGAAAACCUCUCCUCCCUUUCCCCUCCCGACCGGCUCUGUUCAUCCCCCCAGUCUCUCUCCUCCCCUCCCAGAAGUUCUACCUUUCCUCACCUCCUCCACUUCUCCUCCGAGGAGUUGGCCUAUGCUCCAGGGAUUGAAGCCGAGACAUUCCCGGAGGAUCCCACCUUCACAGAGAGCCUUCCGGAAUCCCGCAGCAGCCGGAUGAGCAACGCCCCCAGGCCUCAUUGGCCGCUUGAGUCAGGGGGGGAGGAGCUCAAGCCUAGGACCUCCCCUUACCCAGCAGCUAUCUCUCCUGAGUGUGUGAUAUCAUACCAACUCAGCGAGAGAAACGAGAGGGGUGGAGAGAGCUCACAGGAUGGGUCAGGCGUUAACCAUCGGCAACACCCCUAUCCGAGGACGAUAAGACAGCGCUUAUGUGACACCCCACAAGCCAUGGCUCGUUCCUCUCAGAAAUCCUGGCAUGCACCCUCACAGUCCCCCCUUCACAGCAGCACCAAGGACUGGAGCCUCCGGACCCCCAGGGAGAGUCCCCCCAAACCCCAACCAAAGAGUCAUGACCCUGACAUGGACGAGGGCCGAAGAGGGCCACUGACCUACCCCACCCCAGACUUCUCCAAGGUAGAGCCAAGGGUUCGCUUCCCUAAGAGCGGCUACACCCCCCCCAAGAGCAAAGGCUCCCCCAGAAAGAGGUCUCUGUCAGUGGAGCCCCCCCUGGUGUUCAAGUCCCCUGCUGACAUAGUGAGAGAGGUGCUGCUGAGCAGUACAGACGGACCCCAAUCCCCCUCGCCCCCCAACGGGCCCCACAGGCCCCUAAACUCCACGGUGCCAGAGGACUUCAGAUGCCCACAACAGGCCAGCACUCUGGUACAGCAGCUGCAGGUACAUACACAGAGAGUAGGACUACACCACGGGCACACGCUCAGACUAACUCUGAUUCCUUAGCAUUCUGACACACUCAGGCUCCAAGGCUAAACAACUUUUAAAGUCUCUGACACACUGACACCAAUUCACUUACCAGUUCACUGAAUGAUUCUCUAAUUGACUAAAUCUGGGUAGUGGUUCUCUACUUCCUAACCAGCUCACAGUGUUCACUCUUCUCCUCCCUAUCCCUCUGUCUCUCCUUCCCCUUCUUUCUCUAGGAGGACUACAACAGGCUGCUGACCAAGUAUGCUGAGGCAGAGAACACUAUUGAUCGGAUGCGUCUCCAAGCCAAGGUAGUCUAUAUAGUCUGUACACUGAGUGUACAAAACAUCUCUUUUCCAUGACAUAGACUGACCAGGUGAAUCCAGGUGAAAGCUAUGAUCCCUUAUUGAUGUCACCUGUUAAAGCUGCAAUAUGGAACUUUUCGGGCGACCCGACCAAAUUCACAUAGAAAUGGACUUAUAGAUAUGUCAUUGUCAUUGAAAGCAAGUCUAAGAAGUGGUAGAUCCAUUCUAUGGGUGCUUAAGUUUCAUUUUUGCGUCUCUUACUUUCAGUUUUGUACACCAGCUUCAAACAGCUGAAAAUACAAUAUUAUUGGUUAUGGAAAAUAUAUUUCACAGUGGUUUAGAUGGUACAAUGAUUCUCUACACUAUACUUGCUUGUUUUGUCGCAUAAACAGAAAUGAAAUCAGUGUAGAUGAGGGGGGAGACAGGUUAAAGAAGGAUUUUUAAACCUUGAGACAUUUGAGAAAUGGAUUGUGUAUGUGUGCCAUUCAGAGGGUGAAUGGGCAAGACAAAAUAAUUAAGUGCCUUUGAACAGGGUAUGGUAGUAGGUGCCAGGCGCACCGGUUUGAGUGUGUCAAGAACUGCAACACUGCUGGGCUUUUCACUCUCAACAGUUUCCCGUGUCUAGCAAGAAUGGUCCACCACCCAAAGGACAUCCAGCCGACUUGACACAACUGUGGGAAGUAUUGGAGUCAACAUGGGCCAGAAUCCCUGUGGAAUGCUUUCGACACCUUGUAGAGUCCAUGCCCCAACGAAUUGAGGCUGAUCUGACGGCAAAAGGGGGUGCAAAUGAAUAUUAGGAAGGUGUUCCUAAUGUUUGUGUACUCGGUGUAUGUGUCAGUGUUUGUGUGUGUGUGUGUGUGUGUCUAACAUUGUGUCAGCAUACAAGUGUGUCAUCUGGAUAGCUGUAUGUGCUACAAAACUUCCAUUGAACAAUUGGCUAUAGACCGAGGCUUCUGUUCAAGGGCCAGGGGCUGUAUUUAUCAAGCGUCUCAGAGUGUAAGCUCUGAUUUGGGAUCAGUUCUGGCUUUUAGAUCACAAUAUAUAAAAUGACAUGGGCAGGGGGGAUACUGCUACUCAGACGCUUGAUACUGUACAUACCAAUGCUAAGCUUGAGCUGAAAAUCUCCUUUCUUUUUCAGUGUAACACUGAACACUCCCUCCAUCUCCUCUGUGGUGUAUGUAUUUGGUGUCUCUGGCAGACGGAGUGGUUAUAUUUAGUCCUCUCUGCUCUGCAUCUGAAUACAUGCAGGCCACAUGAAAGACAACACAAAGCAGAUGCUGGAAAUGGCCAUUCCAGUGACCUGUAUGAUUAUAGCCUGUGAUUACCUCCCAAAUAGCACUCUAUUCCCUAGGUAGUGCCCUACUAUUGACAAGGGCCCAUAGGCUUCUGGUCAAAAGUAGUGCACUAUUUAGGAUAUAGGGUGCAAUUUGGGACAUCACUUGUUUCAGAGGGCGCCCUGCAUGUAUAAUAGCCUACCUACUCAAGAAAAACACAAGCCUCUGUGGUUGUUGGACUUUUCUCAGCACCUCUGAAGAGCCAUAGUGGUAUUGGGAUUCAAAUGAAAGAAUUAGACGCUCAAAGUUUGUUAUGGGAAGGGAGUUGUAAAAAGACAGUAGUAAACAGCUAAAGAAUAAGAUACAACUUGCGUUAUUGCAUUAUAACUAGAACUUCUUUCAAUGCUGCUUGUGUAUCACAGUUUACUAUUUGGUAAGAGAGUUAACAACACCACUUCGCUUUUUGGCAUUGGGUUGAUAGUUCUUAAUUGCUCUCUGAACACCAAUACCAGACACACACUAAAUAGACUCAUCCUGUCAUGUGGGGUACAGUCAUAUGACCCUGCGGUUCACAUUAGGACAAUCGCAUGCAUUGUUUUUGCCCUCAUGAUGCAGUGGAGGAAAACCGGAAAUGACAUCCUUGAUGUCCGAGCCCUGUAGGGGUGUCAUCUCCAGAUGGACAGUGUAGUGACAGUUUGUUGUCAUAGUUUUGGCCAUUCACAGUCAUUGAUUUUAAAUGGCAAUUUACAGAGAGGUAGGUAUUCCUAUUCUGUGUCUUCUAUUCCAUCUGCACAACACUCUACUCUUAAUACUAAUUAAAAUCUAGCUUACCCCCCUCCCUCCUCCUCCUCUCCUUACACACACAACCAUCUGUCUCUCUCCUCCUCCUUCUGGAGACAUAAUAGUGUAGUGCUGGGAGGGCCAAUUCAAUCCUUUAUCAAGCACAGCCCAAUACCUGCUUAUAGGAUUGCCUUUACAAUUAAAGCUGCAAUAUUCACAGAGAAAUGUGUAUUAUAGAUCUGUCAUUGUCAUUGAAUGCAAAUCUAAGAAGCGGUAGAUCCGUUCUAUGUGCGCUAUUUCUAUGCUUCCCGUUAUCAGUUUUAUCAUCCUGAGACUGAGGUAGAGCCGACAGGGGUUGUAAUAAAAAGCUCUCCACAAAAUGAAGGAUGUGAUCCAUACAUAUACAUUAUACACACAUAGAUGGUAGAGCCACACCAUAUACCUCAGACUUUUCUGUAUUGCAAAGCAUCUCUCCUCCAAGAUAGCAUAACUGUAAUGGUCCUGAGACUACAACACCACUGGUGUUUAAAUCCUUGCCUGCAUCUUAUGACUCAAAAGUCCUAGACUGUUCUCUCUGCUACCGCACGGCAAGCGGUACCAAUGCACCAAGUCUGGAACCAACAGGACCCUGAACAGCUUCUACCCCCAAGCCAUAAGACUGCUAAAUAGUUAGUUAAAUAGUUAACCAAUAGCUACCCGGACUGUCUGCAUUGACCCUUUUAGCACAAACAUUUUUGACUCAUCACCAAAGUUUCCUCCCCAAAAAAAAUGGCACUGAGCAAAUUUCAGGUCUGCUGAGUGCAAACUUGAACGUUGUGAAAAUUCUGUGCAACUUCCAGCGCGCGUUUACUGUGAACACUGAGGCUGUACCCGCUUUAAGUUACCGUUUUAACAGUGGCCAAGUAGGCUACUGUGGCUAUUUGAUCAUAAUGUAGGUCUACCAGAGUGGCCUACCAUCAAAAACAAUGGAGAAAAUGCAUCCCAUAUCAUUUUAACACGGAAAUAGCUGUUCUAUCAUUCAGCCUACAGUAUUCAGCCUGUGUGGUGUUCAAUGCCUACAUUCCAUGAGACUUUUGGAGAAAAAAACAUGCAGGGCUUGACGUUAACCUGUUUAUCCACUUGUCCUUCAGACAGGGAGGUGACUGAAAAAUGUUUUUGUGUUGGUUGAUGCAAGAAACCACUUUACUAAAUAAAAUGAAUUAUUAUUCUCAUACCAUUAUUACAGAGAAUCAGACAAAUUAUGCUACCAGCUGCCUAUUGGCUACUUAGCUUGUUCAAACCUGUCUCAAAAUACAACACUGCCCUCAGGUCUGUUUAGAGUAAGGGCUGAGUAUUCUGCAAUAGAAUCCUAUUCCGAUGCGUUCUGCCUACACCAAAAUAUCUUGCAUAGUAAAGGGAAACAUUGAUAGUGUUAACUAACAGGGAAAACUCUAGAAAGUUGAGUGAAGUUCAAUCUCGUGCUUCUCUAUGUGGGCUGAUAUUUCCUCUGCACUCUGCACAGCAUUCCCGGGCAGUCUCGGGGCUACUGUGCACGUGCGCACGUGCGCAGCUUAGAGGGAACAUUGCUCAUCACAUAUGCUGCUGUUACUGUUUAUUAUCUAUCCUGUUGCCUAGUCACUUUAUCCCUACCUAUAUAUAUAUACAGUGCCUUCAGAAAGUAUUCAGACCCCUUGACUUUUUCCACAUUUUGUUAGGUUACAGCCUUAUUCUAAAAUUGAUUAAAUCAUUUUUUCCCCCCAUCAAUCUACACACUAUACCCCAUAAUAACAAAGCAAAAACAAGUUGAGACAUCUUUGCUAAUUUAUUACAAAUAAAAAACAGAUAUUACAUUUACAUAAGUAUUCAGACCCUUUACUCAGUACCUUAUAGAAGCACCUUUGGCAGCAAUUACAGCCUCGAGUCUUCUUGGGUAUGAUGCUACAAGCUUGGCACACCUGUAUUUGGGGAGUUUCUCCCAUUCUUCUCUGCUGAUCCUCUCAAGCUCUGUCAGGUUGGCUGGGGAGCGUUGCUGCACAGCUAUUUUCAGGUCUCUCCAGAGAUGUUCGGUCAAGGAUUUUCAGAGACUUGUCCCAAAGCCACUCCUGCGUUGUCUUGGCUGUGUGCUUAGGGUCGUUGUCAUGUUGGAAGGUGAACCUUCACCCCAGUCUUAGGUCCUGUGCUCUCUAGAGCAGGUUUUCAUCAAGGAUCUCUCUGUAUUUUGCUCCGUUCAUCUUUGCCUCAAUCCUGACUAGUCUCCCAGUCCCUGCCGCUGAAAAACAUCCCCACAACAUGAUGCUGCCACCACCGUGCUUCACCGUAGGGAUGGUGCCAGGUUUCCUCCAGAUGUGACGCUUGGCAUUCAGGCUAAAGAGUUGAAUCUUGGUUUCAUCAGACCAGAGAAUCUUGUUUCUCAUGGUCUGAUAGUCGUUUAGGUGCCUUUUGGCAAACUCCAAGCGGGCUGUCAUGUGCCUUUUACUGAGGAGUGGCUUCCGUCUGGCCACUACCAUAACGGCCAAAACUGUUUUCGCUUUGUCAUUAUGGGGUAUUGUGUGUAGAAUGGUGAGGAUUAUUAUUUUUAAAAUCUAUUGUAGAAUAAGGCUGUAACGUAACAAAAUGUGGAAAACAUCAAGGUGUCUGAAUAUUUUCCGAAGUUGCUGUAUCUACCUAAAUUACCUUGUACCCCUGCACAUCGACUUGGUACUGAUACCCCGUGUAUAUAGGCAAGUUAUUGUUACUGUAUUUAUUCCUCGUGUUAUUAUUUUUAUAUUUAUUCCUCGUGUUAUUAUUUUUCUAUUAUUUGUCUUUUUUUCUCUCUGCAUUGUUGGGAAAGGCCUGUAAGGAAGCAUUUCACUCUUAGUCUACACCUGUUGAUUUUAAACUAAUUUAUCAUUAAUCAAAUUUGUAAUAAUUUAGCUCAUAUCAUUUAUUCAUUUUGACACCUGUUUUCCCCUGUUGUCUCUAUCUCCAGGUGGGCCUCUACUCCGACCCUCCCAAGCCCAGUCACGCUGUCCAAUCAGGUGUACUCCAUGAAGGAUCAAAGGUCAUGACCCUAACUUUUCCCCAAGCUCAGAGGGCGGAGCUCAGCUCAGGCUCCGUUUACCUAAAUGGACAGGCUGCCCACCAAGGUACUAACAGCCAUCCUACAGUAUAGCUGCGUCCCAAAUGGCACCCUAAUCCCUUUAUAGUGCAUUACUUUUGACCAGAACCCUAUGGGAAAUAGGGUAACAUAUGGGACACAGCCAUUGCUUUGUUUCAAUAGGUUCUUACACUCCAUUGUCAGUUGAUUCUGCCUCUCAUUCAACAUUCCUUCACACAUUUCUAUUGUCCUUUACUAAAAACGUAUUUUCUCUCCACACUACAGGACAUAGUGGAGUCUCCCCUGUCUGUCCCUCCUCAGCGGCCUCCUCAUCCCCCAGAAGCCUGGGCCCUGGAGUUGGAGAGCAGCUGACCAGGGAUCUCUCAAAGCAGGCGGAGAGGUUCCUCCAGCAGGUGCAGACAUUUGAAGAACUCCUGAGGAGAGGGAAACUUAAACCAUUUGAGCAGAUGAAGGUAUUGUUCUGAUAUUUAUCUGAUAGGAGUCUUGCAUAUAUUGUAUAGAGGAGCAUCUCCCAGUGCUCACUGGCCACCAUUUUGUUUGAGUAAUGAUGUGAUGUGGUGUCCCUGCAGAGUUUGUCCCAGCUGCUGCAGGGGCAGGAUUCUCUGGAAAGAGGUUAUCUAGCAGCACGAGAUGAACACAGACUUCUACUGCAGAGCGGGGCCAAGCUGGGCCCCUUUGACCCCGGCAGGUGAGACCACACUACAGGAUUAUCUACAAUAAUGUGUUUAAACUGUUAGAUAAAGUGGACAUUAUGAAAAACAGAUAUGGUGGACAUCAAGUGUGUGUUUGGUUGUGUAUGUGUGUGUGAUAGGGAGUUGGAGGGCUGUAUAUUCCAGUGUGGGAUGCGUGUGGAGGAGCUCAAGGAACAGGUGGAGCAGACUGAACAGGACCGGCCCACCUCAGAAGCACCUCCCACUCCACCUCCUCACCCCACCCCCUACUCCAUGCCUGCAGGGGGCAGCGAGCCCAUGCCUCUCCCUGAGGUACCGUGACAACAUAGCUACUGAAGACACUACAGUAGAUUAGUCACUAUUCAUCUCAUAGUUAUGAAGGCCUACAUUUCCAAGAUUGUUAACCUCUCUCUCUCUCGCUCACUCUCCUACUCACUCUCUCUCUCGCUCCUUCUCUCUCUGGCUUUCUCUUGGUCUCUCUCUCUCUCUCUCUCUCUCUCUCUCUCUCUCUCUCUCUCCAGAGCCCAGUGUUACCUCUGCCAGGGGAGUCUGGGGGGGUGGUGGGGGUGGAGGUUAGCUCGGCCAGUGGAGAGAGCGAGGGAGAGGAGGGAGGUAUGGGAGAGGAAGAAGUAAUGCCGCCCCUGCUCCUCCGUCCCUUACGUCACAAACACAAACGUGUAGAGAGAGACCUCAGCAUGCUGAUGGACCAGUAAGUCUCAAUCAAUUGUAAACACUUUGGGAUGAUUUGGACAUGAAAUACAAAAAAAUAUAAUAUCAGGGAUAUUGACUUGCAUUUGUUUUUGGACAAAAAUGAUAAGAAAUGUACAUUUGGAGACAGUGGCUAGGUAAACAAAACUAAAGCAUAGAAUGCUGUCUUAACUUGUCCAUAGACUGCUUAUAGAGGAAGGAAAUGAUGUCAUUUGGAUCAACUAUCCUUUUAAAGAAGGUCUAGUCUGUAUUACAUGACGUUGUAGAACAGAAGUAUUCAAAAUCAGCCAAUGAAAGGCGGGCUGUCCUUUUGUUCUAUACAUAAUCAUGGUAUUGGUCAAUUUAGUAGUCAUGUAAAUAUCAGUUUGCUUACAAAUGCCCCUUCCAGCUACCAGAGUUUCAGGGAGCUGCCCAGACUGCUAGACCUGGAUCUGACAGAGGGAGACCAUGACUCUCCUGAUGCAGGAGAAGAAGCCACACAUUCAGGCGGUGAGGGGACAAGAGAGGGACCACACCCAUGGACAGGGAGGGAGAAGGGCCACACAAGUCUCCCUCAGAGGUGAGUCUGAACUCUGCACCAGGCUGUAUUCACUAGGAAGCAAAACAGAAACGGGGAGUGACUACCUGAACUUGUACAAUAAGAAGCCCUUGUUUUCGUUGCAAAACAUUUUGCUACAGUGUGCACUGUGCACUAAUGAAUACGAACACUGGAUAACAUGUAUAUUACUCUAAAUUCUAUGAUGUGUUUUCAGACAGCCAAUGCUAGGUCAGCAGGACGCUACAUUCAUUCCAACGGCGAGACCAAGGACCAGCAAAUCAGUUCCUCCUUCCCCAAAGGACCUCAGCCAAUCCCCUGCAUUUCAUGAUCUGCUGGCCAAUGACAGAAAGAGGUCAGAGGUCAGGAAGUCUCGUGGCAGCAGUCUGACCAGUCUGGGGGAGAGUGCUGCCUCAGAGAGGAGAGGCUCCAAACUGCAGCCUGGGACCAGGAGAGUGCCGUCCCAGGUCAGAUACCGUAGAGACUGUAUCAAGCUUCCAUUUUGCCUAGUUAUUUACCUAUCUGGUGUCCGCUGUGAAAGACAUAGUCAUGACAUAGAUGCAAUUACAUCAUGUUUUCAGUCUAACUUCUUUCCAAAACUUGUCCAACCAACAAAGAAAUAUCUACUGAUCAAGUCUAUGCAUAUGAAUGAUAAUUCAGUUACACAUUUAUCUCCACAAUUCAGCAAUUUCUAAUGAGCCUGAAAGAGUAAUUUGUCUGUCAAACCCACUGUGUUGAUCAGGAUGGGAUCAUCUCACCAGAGACUGACAGUGGUUUUGUUGGCUCUGAGAGCAGUCGUCUGACACCUGCAGCACCUAGUCCUCUCCACCAGAGGGCCAUAGCGAGGUGAGCUACUGCUGCUAUCUCCCCCUCCAUCCCUCUCCCUCUACCCUCAGUGACUCGGCUGUAAAUCUCACAGAACGUGACAUCACAUUCCCCAGUGUCUCACACAAACACACACCCACUCACACAUACACAUACGCACACACACAUGUGCACAAACACACAAUACUGACACACCGACACACAGCUCCGCACUGUGCCCUCACAAUGUCCCUAGCUAGUUGCCUACAGACCUUAACUUUUCCCUGUUUUGUUCCCAUUGCUGUUUGCCCAAAACUGACAGCUCAUGGGUUCCCUUGUAGUCUCAUCAGUGUAUGUUCCUGUCUUGGUUUUACAUGUCUCCUCCCUAGCCUGUCAGUCCCUGAGGAGCAGAGCUCAGGGAAGCCCUACCACACAGCCCCCGUGUCAGGGCAGCCUAUACCCUCCUCCUCCUCUCCCUCACACAGACCACAGAGACCACCCUUGCUGGAGCACAGUGAAGACUCUGGUCUGAGCACCCCAAGGCGGGUACGGGGCUCUUCAGGGAGAACCAGAGGCGGGGAGAGGAGUGGCACCUCAGCCUCCAGUUCCCCCCAGCACAGGGCCAGCAGGACUCCCCAGCCCUGGGAUGGCAGUGGGACCAGUGAGUUUGGACCAGACAGUGACCACAGUGAGUCCAUGCUGUUCUGUCUGUAACCGUCUUAUUUGUGUUAGGUUGCAAAAUGUGUUCUUACAAGUGACUAAGAACAAAUUAAUUGGUGUAGUGAAGCAGUAAUAUGUAAGUUCAAAGCAGGGUUUCCCUUAGCCUGUAGUAGCUGGCUUUUGGCAGUUAUCGCAAUAUUUCAAAAUUAAAUCGUGGGAAAACAUGGUUUGGAAAGCAAAUGGCUAUUGUUUUAAAGGGACGACAAUUAAAAUACUAGUCUGUCUUUUAGUUAUCAAAAUUCUCAAUUUAACUGAGCGACCAGUAGGCCUAUAGCCUAUCUUAUUGGCACUGCACAUAUUCACUCUUUAUCAUUGUUGGGUCAGUGCCACUUAAAAGUUUGUUUUUGGACAGUAAUUUCCUCCUCCAGUUUAGAUAGACGUCAUAUUCUAUUUGCCCCUUCUCCUAGGCCUAUUAUAUGGACAACGUCGUUUUUAUUGAUCUGUUUGUCAGUGUCAGCACAGUAGGCUACCCUGUAAUUUGUCGUAGUAGCCCUUUCCUGCAGUCAAAUGACCUAGUGGCCUCAUGGGUGGAAUGUUAUUAAUAUUUUUCAUAAUUUCAUAAUUAGUUUUGUUAUAUUUCAGUCUUCUGUGAUGUAUAUAAAGUGUAAUAUUGGGAUGUAUACUAUUUGCUAAUACAUUUCAACUCUAUAUCUGACAUGGUACAGGUGUCUUCUUUUUUUAAGCACACAACCAUGUGUGUGAGGUGUAUACUUUUGUUUCAAAGUAGAUUUGUUUACUGACCCUGAUUUAGCCCACUGCAGUGUUAAAAAGAUUAUACUAAUGUCUUCAGUCAUAUAAAGUGUAGUUGAAUUGCAUGAAAUGUGUUUUCCCGUGCAAAUAAAUAAAAAUGUAUCUGAUAUAGCCUAUAUCCCAGGCCUCUACACUAUAGGCGCUCAGCAAUGCGUUCAACUGUAUUUUUUGCGAACAGUGAUUGAGUUAUAUUAUUAGCCUGAAUUAUGACUAUCCAAUCUACUCAUCACAUUACGAAUAGUAGGCUAUCUUACAUAAGUCUGUAAAUGCGAUGACACAUGGCAUGAUUUAUUAUGACAUCGCAUGAUUUAUUAUGAAGGUGCAUUUUUAUGGUGAAAAUGUGCUUCCCCAAACUUUAAACUCACGCUCCACCUGCAUAGGCUAGUGAUUUUGCUGUUCGCUACUCAUCUUGUUGGCUGAGGAAAAGUAAAUGUGGACAGUUAUUCUAACAUCUUCAAAGUGUGCGGUAAGGACACAAGUCAUUGCAUCCUCGACUUGCAUGUUCUGUUAAGAUUCAUUACCAUAAUCUAAAUGUGAUUUCUGUCAUUCUGAGCACCGUGGGUGGACGCCCUAAUCAGGUUACGCACCCAAUGCAUAUGGGUCUGGUUAAUUACUCAAAUGUCUGGUCAAUGAAAAUGCUGUCGGUCAAAUGUCCAGCGUCACAUUUUCAUACCGGAAACCCUGGCACACAGUCUACUCUGUGCCAGAAACAUGUACCCUCCUAAGAGAAAGCAGCGAGGCAGCUAUUAGCUGUUUGGCUAUGUUUCUUUGCCCGUGUCAGUUAAUUUGAUCCUCUACCUCUCCCCUGCCUUCUGUUUUAAACUCCUCUAUCCUCCUUAUUUCCUCCUUCUAUCCUAAGUCCACUCUGUGUCAGGGGAGGAUGAGGGACGUAGUGACCGUUCCACCCGAACAACCCAGCACCGCUACCAGCCAAGCCCCUCCCCCACUGCACCCUAUCACCAUGGCGAUCCCCUCCGAGCCCUGAGCUCUGGUCAGCUGACCAACCGCAAGUGAGUCUCUCUCCCUACAACUGCUCCCAUGGCGAUAGUGGCACAAACAAGAACAGAUAUAUGAGUCUCUUUGGAAAGUAUUGGCUGGGAGGAGAAGAGGGCUGCUUCACUACAGCAAAAAUACCAGCUCAGCUCAAAGGGAUUUUUUUUCUGGCAACUCCCAGUAGGAUCCAGGAGGGUGGAUUAUUAGAUGUUUGAUAUUUGAUUUUCUUUUAUGCUGAGGGUGUUGACUGGCUGGUCUCAAGCUUUUAUCUGGGAAGUCAAGUUCAGGCAUUGGAUCCUACCAGAGCCAUAUCUUUAUUAUUUGAUCAUUUAUAUUUAUAUUUAUAUUUAUUCUAAAUAUCUAACGCUGGAUCCUACUUGUUUUCUUGGCUGGUAUCAGUGUGUUUCUAAUGUGUAAGUCUCCCUGGGGCAAGUAGAGUGAUACACCUGAGUAAUUUUUACAUUCUGUAUUUCUGUAUGAUUUGAUUUCAUUACAGACAUGGAAGCUAGUAAAUGUGGAGACUCAGGAGGUACAUACUGUACAUACCCAGUGUUUACUUUGCAUGGUGUGACACUGCAUGAGUGGGCCCUAUUUAUUGACUCAUAUUAAUAGGAAUGAGUUUAGAAAAAGAUUGUGUAUGGUUUGGAAUGUCAAAUCGAUUCGAUUCGCUGGGUCAAUUGUACGUUUUAACACCUAUAACAGACGUGUGGUGAUAUUACUACAAUAUUACUAACUGGAAUUGAAAUGGCAGUGUCUACUCUAUAACAUUGAGGUAGAAAAUAUUAACACUUCUCUCUGUACUCAUUCUCGUGUGUGUGUUUGUUUGUGUGUGCGUGCAUGUGCGUGUGUUUCUGUGUAUGUUCCCCAGUGAGGCCAUCCAGUCCCUGCAGGCGGAGGUAGGCAGACUAAAGGAGCGACUAGAGAGCAGUCUGAGACAGACCAACCCUCCCAGUCCUGUCAGAGCUCCCCCCUCAGCCCAUGAUGACCACACACACCCUCUCAGCUCAACACCUCGCACCAGGUUGGCCUUUUUUUAACCUUUUCACUUUUUUAAGGGAGAUUUCAUCAGACUUUUGUUACUGUUGAAACAGGUUAAUUGCCAUUUUUACUGGCCCGUAGGGCUCUGGUCAACAGUAGUGCACUAUAAAGGGAAUAGGGUGUCAUUGUCUUUCUUUCACCGUUUCUGAUUUGUAAUGUUCCUUUUGAUUUCUCUACUCUCUCAGGUCUGUUCAGCGAAGGAGGGAUGGUGGUAGAGAGGAGAGCAGGGAGGAGAGGAGGUGGGGUGAGGAGCAGCAGGUGGAGGAGAGGGCUUCCAGGUUGACUCCUAGAAGAUCAGCCUCUGUACCCAGACAGAGACCUGACCUGGACAUC